UAAUGCAGCAUUCUUUUGGACACCACACCUAGGUCGGAGCACUGUCGUCCUUCAGGGCUCCAGCCUCUUGAUAUUUUUAUACUUCAAUAUCAGCUCAAUAGAGCAAAGGAGAGAGAGGAAGAGAGGGGGGGAGAAAACAGAAAAGAGAGAGAGAAGGAGGGGUGGGAAUUACACAAAAGAGAACCAAAAAUAAUUUUGAUUUCUAAGUUAAUUUGCUUGCUGAUCUGGGAUUUCAGUCAUCAUGGAGGGUAAAUGGACAAUCUGCCCAGGACUGCAGCCUGAUAUCAUUUUUCAAAGCCAGAACUUACUCCAUUUUCUAUGCAAAUGUCAGAAAAGCGAAACACCCUCUCUCCCAAGUCAGAGAAGGGGAAGCGACGGCUCUCAGGUUGGGACAAUAUUAUCUGGAAGCUGAAGAAGAAACUGAACGCUCCUUUCUCCCCCGCCCUUCCCUUCCCUUUCUAUACGGAGGAGAAAAAAAUCUCAAGAUCUGCAAAGCUAAAACCCAAUCUCGGAUAUACUACUAAUAGGCGCGGCGCUCAGACUAUAAAACACAACAAAUCAUAAACCCGGCGGAGCAGCAGCGGCCGCGCGCGCCUCCCCUCCCAAUGAGUUCCUAUUUCGUGAACUCCACCUUCCCUGUCACUCUGGCCAGCGGGCAAGAGUCCUUCCUGGGCCAGCUACCGCUCUACUCUUCCGGCUAUGCGGACCCGCUGAGGCACUACCCGGCGCCCUAUGGGCCCGGGCCGGGCCAGGACAAGAGCUUUGCCACUUCCUCCUAUUACCCGCCAGCCGGCAGUGGCUACGGCCGAGCGGCGCCUUGCGACUACGGGCCGGCGCCGGCCUUCUACCGCGAGAAGGAGUCGGCCUGCGCGCUCUCAGGCGCCGACGAGCCUCCCCCGUUCCACCCUGAGCCGCGGAAGUCGGACUGCGCGCAGGACAAGAGCGUGUUCGGCGAGACCGAGGAGCAGAAGUGUUCCACUCCAGUGUACCCGUGGAUGCAGCGGAUGAAUUCGUGCAACAGUUCUUCCUUUGGGCCCAGCGGCCGGCGAGGCCGCCAGACCUACACGCGCUACCAGACGCUGGAGCUGGAGAAGGAGUUUCACUACAAUCGCUACCUGACGCGGCGGCGGCGCAUCGAGAUAGCGCACGCCCUGUGCCUGACCGAGAGGCAGAUAAAGAUCUGGUUCCAGAACCGCCGCAUGAAGUGGAAAAAGGAGAGCAAACUGCUCAGCGCGUCUCAGCUCAGUGCCGAGGAGGAGGAAGAAAAACCAGCCGAGUGAAGGUGUUGGAAAGGGAGGGGGCUGCGAAGGGAGAGGCCUGUAGGGAGCCUAGGGCGUUGGAGAGCCCCAAGAAGGCUCUGCGGGCGGAGGAGCCCAGAGAACUGCUUUCCAGCUCAAGACAGACGGGGCCCAGCGCUGUCCUGGACGCCUCUGCCCGCAGAGCUCUUGGCGGGUGCUUGGAGGCUGUGCCCCGAGUCACCCAGCACCCCACGACCCCCCUUCCUCCCUGAGAAACCCGCUCGGCCGGACCAGGCUCCCUGUGAGAACAGAGGAUAGGACUCACUUGAUGUUUCCUGGAAGCAGAGCAAAGUGCUCUUGUUCGUGUCGCGUCUCAUUUCGUCCAUGUCCCUGUGCACGGUUCAAAGGUAGAUUCGCUGUCCCCCAACGGGGGCCUCGAAGACUCCCUGACCCCAGACCUGUCGUCUCUCCCACUCCCUCCCCAAAGCCACUGGAAGGAGCACAUACUACCUAGAAUUUAAGAAGAGGAGCCUCAGAAGAAAACAAAGUUCUAUUUUAUUAAUUUUCUAUGUGUUGUGUUUGUAGUCUUGUCUUAGCUCUGGACGUGAAAUACUUCAGUAAUAAUAUUAAUAUUAUUAAUAAUGAUGAUAAUAAUAAUAAAGACGUGAAAACU